AUGCCUCGCAACGGAAUCCUCUGGUCGGAUGAACAGAACCAGCGCGUAUGGACCGUCUACCCCCAAGACAUGGGCAGCGAUUCCGAUUCCGAGCAGGACGAUGACGAAGCUACCGGCGCCGACGACGACGACGACGACGAUGUUGCCAUUCUCCAGCUUCACGAGCACCGCUGGGAAGACAACCAGAUCCAGAUCCAGGUCGAGUGGGCGACUGGCGAGAAAACCUGGGAGGCGGAGGACACCAUCCACGGGCUUGACAAGAGAAUCCUGAUCCAGCACUGGAACAGCCUCGGCGGACGACCACCCAAUCCCGACCACCCCCUCGAGCUCAACGUUUUCGCCGUCCUGGCUAUCCGUGGCGGCCGACGAUCUCAGCAAUUCCUGAUUGAGUGGACCGGCGUAGAGGAGCCAACCUGGCACCCUGUCGAGGUGAUUGUUGACGCCAGUGGUGAUGAAAUGUACUAUUAUGAGUGCCGUCUCAGGAGGGGAGGGCUGAGCGAGGAGACAAGUGAGGAGGUGGCGAGCCAGCCAGUCUCGGAAUCUGGAUGA